AUGCUAUCUUGUGCUGUCACUGAUGGAGUUUUGAUUGGGCACCCUUGCUGUGGAGUCCACAACUGUGCCAUCCCCCUCUCUUCCAACCAUGCAUGGUAUUGUCCACUUCACACAGGCAGGGAGGCAAGCUGUGCAGCAGAAGGCUGUAAUAAUGGAGCAGAGCCUGGUAGGAAGACCUGCUCCAAUCCUGAACAUCAUUUGCUGGAAGAAAAUUACUAUGCUGCUGGCCACAGCCACCAUGGAGGGAGGAAGAAGGCACCUGGGCUCAAGGCCCACUUUGGCAGGAGAAGGAUGCACAAUGAGCAACUCAUUGUGCAUCCUUGUGGGGUCAUUGUGGCCAGGGGCACUUUCUAUGGGGCUGAGUCACUUUCCUCUGUAGCAGAAUUCAUUCAUGGUGUUUUUCCCACACCCCAGGCAAUGCCAGAUGUCAUGUUCUAUGACAACAACUGUUGCCUCCACCAGUAUCUUUCAGGACAAGGACCCAUUCAAGAACAUUUCAGCAAAACUGCACUGGUGGUAGAUGUUUUCCAUUUCAAGAACCAUCACUCCACUGCUGACCAGUACUGCUCCACCCAUUGCAAUCCAAUGGCCUUCCCUCAGCUCUACAACCAACAAUCUGGCCAGUGGACUUUCAAUUCCUCUGCAUGUGAGCAAACCAAUGCAUGGUUGAGGAAUUUUGAUGGAAUAGUGCAAGAAAUGUUGCCAGUGAGAUAUGAGUUUUUCCUUGAUGAGGUGAUCAGGGCACACAACCAUUUUUGUGUUGAUGAGCUGCAACACAAUAAUGCACUUCCCUACCUUAUGGAUAGAUCUUUGUUGUUAAAUGGACUAAACAGCAUAGCAUAG